GAAUGAGGACAUUCUAGCUUUUCAGUCUUGAACUUUGAACAACAUCUGUCCGAUAAACGUCUAUUCACCUGUAACCGACCUUGUGAGAUACAAAGUGCAGAAUCAGAAAUGCAGUCGGAUUGGAGAUCUGUUGUGCAGGAGGGUGCAGGCAUGUCUUGUGAUCAGACAGACGACGACACUCUUGUGUUCUUUGACUUGGAGACCACUGGACUGGAUAUUUUUCAUUGUGAUAUUAUCCAAGUGUCUGCUAUCAGUGGGGAUAAAAUCUUCAAUGUCUACACGUAUCCUCGCCAGCAGAUCUCUGAGGGGGCCUCUGCUGUCACUGGAUUCACUGUCGCAAACCAAACACUAUUCCGACAUGGUGUUCCCAUGGAGACAAAGACCCACGAAGAGGCCUUGACAGACUUCCUGGCCUUCCUUGGCACCUUGCACAGACCCGUGCUCGCAGGUCACAAUAUCAAGGGGUUUGACUGGCCCAUUAUGGCUAGGCUUUUGCGUGAAUUACACCUGAUAAACAAGUUCAAUAAAGUGUUGACAGGAUUCCUGGACACACUAACCUUGGCCAGAGACCUCCUACGGAACUCUGGUGUCAAGAAUUUUAAGCAGGAAACUCUGGUGAAGGCGAUUUUGAAGAAAUCUUACAAUGCCCACGAUGCAAUGGAAGACGUUAAAUCUCUGCAGGAGCUCUUCUAUGCUUUAAAUCCAACCCCGGCGCAAAUGGCCAGGCACUAUAUAAGUCAUGGGGAGAUGACCCAUCACAUAAAUUAAGCUUUGCAAACCAAAAAUUGAGGAGUACUGUUUAUGACUCAGGGAAGCUGACAUGAGCUUGAAGGAAGCACAGCACCUCACUUUUAUAAAGGUAUAAAAACAAAUAUGAAAUAAUAAAUGCUUGGGCUAUAUACUUCAAAAUUGCUUCAUCAAAUUAAUAAUAUUUAGAGCUGUAGCUUGCUGAUGGCAAGAAGGAUAUAUCAAUUAUGGUACAUCUGUGUUUUUAAAAUCAACCUUCGGUGGCUGAACUUCUGAAUCUGUUUUGAAAAGGGAAGUUUCCUCCUACAUGUGCUUUCAGAUUAAGGUUUGUUUGUGUGUGAAUGUAUGUUCAAUUCAGAUUAAGGUUUGAUUGUGUGUGAAUGUAUGUUCAAUUCAGAUUAAGGUUUGUGUGUGAAUGUAUGUUCAAUUCAGAUUAAGGUUUGUGUGUGUGAAUGUAUGUUCAAUUCAGAUUAAGGUUUGACUGUGUGUGAAUGUAUGUUCAAUUCAGAUUAAGGUUUGUGUGUGUGAAUGUAUGUUCAAUUCAGAUUAAGGUUUGAUUUUGUGUGAAUGUAUGUUCAAACUGCUAAAACCUGUCAACUCUCCUGGUUGUAAGAUGUUUUACCUAUUUCAAUAAUAAAACAAAUAAUAAACAGCUUUGUGUUUUAUUUGAA